AGACCUCGAAGUGGAACCCAGGCUUGGCAGGAUGAGGAAGCCGGACGCUCCGGUGAAGACAGAUGGCACCAGCACUAACAGCACCAACGACGGAGGCAGCAGGCUGAGGAAAGGGCUGUGGUCGCCCGAGGAGGAUGAGAAGCUCAUGAACUACAUGGUCGGAAAUGGACAAGGUUGCUGGAGCGAGGUCGCCAGGAAUGCGGGCUUGCAGAGGUGUGGAAAGAGCUGCCGUCUUCGUUGGAUCAAUUACCUGAGACCCGGUCUCAAGCGCGGCGCUUUCUCCCUUCAGGAAGAGGAGCUUAUCAUCCACUUGCAUUCCAUCCUCGGCAAUAGGUGGUCUCAAAUUUCGGCACUUUUGCCUGGCCGGACCGACAACGAGAUAAAGAAUUUUUGGAACUCCACCAUUAAAAAGAGGCUCAAGAACUCGUCGUCCUCGUCCUCGUCGUCAUCGUCAUCGUCUUUCUUCCUUAACAGUGGAGAUGGAAGCACUGUAAAUGAACCUCAAAUCCAGGCUAUGGACAUGGACUCAUCAUCAUCUUCAGCUUCUUCAUCGACGCAUGGCUUGCCCACGGGCAACCACUACGACCUAGUGCCACUUCCUGAGGUUGGGCUAGAGAACGACUACUACUUGCAUGAAGCUCGAGUCGGUACAGAGAAUGGAUACUAUGGUGGGGGUCAGGGAAUGGCGAUGGAGGGAGGAGGCACUAUGGGUAGAGGAGGCGAGCUGCUCUUGGUGCCCCCUCUCGUUAACACCAACCUGAUCGUUGACGAUAAUGUUGAUGUGAACGAGAUCCCAAGUGACAAAGCAGUGGGAGGUGGAUUGUUUUGGGAGGGUGAGAAGGUUAGAGUGGGGGAGUGGGAGUGGGAGUUGGAAGACUUGAUGAAAGAUGUCUCUUUUCCUUUCCUUGAUUUCCAAGUCGAAUGAUGGGCCAUUAAUUCUUCAGAUCUCACCUCCAUCUUUCCUUGAUGAAAGAUGUCUCUUUUCCUUUCCUUUCCUUUCCUUUUGCGUUGCAGUCUAGCUAAUUACGUAGGCUUCCAAAUUCUCUGAAACCUCCUCCUACUCUUCGUUAUGACUCCACAAAAUUCAAACUUUAUCCAUAUAGUUCCAGCAAUUUCUAUGAAGCUUGCUCUUCUAACUUCUACAAUCUCUCUCUCUCUCUCUCUCUCUCUCUCUCUCUCUCUCUGCAAAAUGUUCAUCUUGAGAAGAACAUUGUUCUCAAAGAAGCUGUAUUUAAGUGGUGAGUAUGAAAGAAUAAAAUGAAGCAAAUGAGGGGUUGUGUACCUGUGGAAGAGUGUGUUGGUUGAUAUUUUACUAAAUAUUAUGUCUUCAGCUAUAAUCACAAGUUUCUUCUUGAGUAGCUUUUCUCCCUUCUAGAUGGGUCAACAGUAGCUUUUGAGCUGCUGUAUUCCCUGUGACAUCUGUUCAUUAUCAUCAUCAUCAUGGCUGUCAUU